AUGUCCGCUGCCACCGCAAAGAAACCGCCCGCCGCGGGAGUCGGUCGCGUUUCUUCGACAGAUUCCCCAUCGUCGCCUACUGCGUCUCCCACGAGAACACCCACGCGCUCCUCCACGCCCACCGCUGCUUCUGCUGCGCGCAGAGCGCCCGCUCGAUCAGGGACGCCUGUGUCCGCUCGCGCAGCCGCCGCAAGAAGAGAUACCCUGAGCAACAGCAACAACGGCAACGCCGAAGCCGAGGAGGCUGCGAGGGCCGAGACCGUUGCGCUGCUGGACGACCUCAAGGAGCGUCUCUCCAAGGCCGAAGUCUCAUCCGAUCAGUACAGGAAACAGGUCGAAGUGCUAGAGACGAGACUGGACGAUGCCAUCAAGGAAUCCUCCAAGCUAGAGGAGAAGGUGCAUGAGGCGGAAGAGCAAAUCGAGACGCUGCAAAACGAGAAGAGAGAUGCCGCCAAGAAGAUGCGCGAGAUGGAGGCGAUCUACGAGGCCGAGCGCAGCUCAAUGACCAAGGAGAAGGAAGAGAUGUCCAACAGAGAGGAGGAGAUGCAGACCAUUAUCCAGAGGCUGAAGGACAACCUGUCGCAGCGAGCCAGCGACGAGGAGGGCCGCCCAUCACGGCAAUCCGCAACGUCGUCACCAAACGUCGACAAUGGCAGCUUCGCUCCCCCUUCGUCCUUGAACCGUAGCGACUCCCGGAACAAUUCCAAGAUCUUGCUUCAGAAGGACAAGCUGAUCGAGUCGUUGAGGCUUGAACUGGCAGAGGCCCAGAUCAAGUUGGUGGAAUCCGAGAACCAGGGCGGUGGCAGGCUGCAAGAGGUGGAAAGGCUACUGAUGGAAGCCCGCAUGGCCAAUGCCCGCCUCAUGGAAGACAAUGAGAGCUAUCAACUGCUUCUCCAGGAGAAAACCCUCAAUGGCGACUUCUCCAAGAACGAUUUCAGCUACAUGGGAGUAUCCGCCAACCAGGAUGCGCUCAACGCGCUUGAGGGUCGCCCUGGCGGUGCGAGCCUGGCGGAUGAGCUGUCCGAGGAUGCAUCCGACGCUGGCAACGAUAACGACCAUGUCCGCCGCCUCGAGUCAGAGCUCAAGUCCAUGAAGGACCAGAACAAAGCGCUCACGCUCUACAUCAACAAGAUCAUUGAGAGACUCCUCCAGCACCAAGACUUCGAGCACAUUCUGGACACUUCUAGUGAGCCCAAGCCACCAAGCGCCAACACCAACAAAGACCUCCCGCCCCCACCGCCAAAGGAGGGCGCUUCCGGAGCAUCGCUAUUGCAACGGGCGAAGACCAUGGCUGUCGGACCAAACAAGGCCAGACCAAGGCCCAUGUCUUACAUGCCUUCGGCACAGCCAGCCAACUCAGCACAUACCGAUCCGGAGACGGCACCUAGCAUUCCUAUCGGGAACCUGACCCGUUCCUCCAGCACUCGCCGUGCGCGCCCGAUGAGCGAGCAAUUCACCGGCGUCAACCUCGUCAACCAGAUGUACAGAGGACCGGAUGGCCCCAUCUCGCCACCGCUUGGCUCCCCUCGCACCCCGCGAACUUCGCAGACCUUCUUUGGCGGCAACCCCAACGCGGCGGCGCGGGCACCCAGCGGCCAGCAGGCACCGACGGCAGGAAACUUCCCCGGGAUGCGCAGCGAAACGUCGAGCACGAGCGGUGACUCAAAUGACCUGGCCACGCCCCCCUCGCAGUCGCCUCCUCGGUCCCACCACGAGAAGCAGACCACCUUUGCUGGCAACAAACCCCGCCCUCUGCGCCUGGUGCAGGAGAACAACGAAGCCAAGCAGGAGAAUAACAAGCGAUCCAGCUGGAUUGGCUGGGCCUCGGGCUGGGGCAAGAAGGAUGAGUCCCCUCCGGCCGCAUCCAACGAGGCCAUUCCCGAGUAA